AGGUGGAAAGCCCUCGUCAGAUUGCAAGAUGACUCAAACUCUGACUGCUGCCCGGAAGUUUUUGCAACUCUUUCCUGUUUGUCACGACUUCUGUGUCAGCGUGUAAACUGGCCAUUUGCCCUCGGUUCCGUGAGGUUCGUGUUGUUAUUGAUUCUCCAGCUGCGAUCCUCCCGACUGACGGACGGACUGACUGACUGACUGCCGGGUGUGCGUACUGCGCCGCCGAGAAGAGGCGCCUCCUCCAUCUCUCCACUCCCGCAGCGGAGGGAACAUAUUCUCAGUCAGCAUGACACAAAUGUCAGGAUUUGUGAGUUGAUAGCGCGCUACACUUGAGGCUCUGGACGCUUGAGUUCGCGAGUGGGAUGUUCUCCUGAGUUCAAUUUCACAUUCUGACAAAGGCUUUUCUGAGAAUUACCCACCUGACAACACACAAUGGCUAACAGUAUAAUUGUGGAGCAGCAGUUUUCUCACAAGUUCACAGUGACAGUGGCUCGGGCUGAGAGCGUCACCAAGGGAGCGCUGGGUGACCUGUUGGACACCCCGGAUCCAUAUGUGGAGCUGUACAUCCCGACGGCCCCAGAGAGCAGAAAGAGGACCAAGCACAUUGACAACGACAUCAACCCAAAAUGGGACGAGACCUUUCAAUUCAUAUUAGACCCCAACCUGCAGAACGUCAUGGAGUUAACAUUAAUGGACGCCAACUAUGUGAUGGAUGAGACACUUGGGACGGCGUCCUACGACAUCACCAAGCUCCCAGUGGGCCAAACAAAGACGGAGGCUUUCCUCAUUGGCAAAGCAACCAAAGUGUACUUAGAGAUGUCGCUGGAGAUCUGCACUAAACUGGACCUGCGGUUCAGCUUGGCCCUGUGUGACAAAGAGAAACAGUUCAGACAAACCCGCAGAGAGAGAGUGAUGCUGGGCAUCAAGAAGCUGCUGGACAUGGAGAAGCCCCGUUUCCUCCCCAGCUCUCCAAAGGAGGUUCCAGUGAUAGCUAUCGCAGGCUCCGGAGGAGGUUUCCGGGCCAUGGUCGGUUUCUCGGGUGUCAUGAAGGCCCUGUUUGAGUCCGGGGUUCUGGACUGUGCCACGUACGUCGCCGGCCUCUCCGGAUCCACAUGGUACAUGUCCGCACUCUAUUCCCACCCCGACUUUCCAGAUAAGGGCCCAAAGGACAUCAACAAGGAGCUGAUGAAUAGAGUUAGCGGUAACCCCCUGAGGCUGCUGAUGCCCCAACACAUCACCAACUACAUCCAGGCCCUGUGGAGCAAAAAGGCCCUAGGGCAGCCUGUUACCUUCACUGAUAUCUUCGGUAUGCUCAUAGGAGAGACGCUUGUACCUGCGAGGAUGGACAUCAAGCUAAGUGACAUCCAGGGGAAAAUAAACCAGGCCCAGUGUCCGCUCCCUCUCUUCACGUGUCUGCACGUCAAGCCAGAUGUCUCUGAGCUCAUGUUUGCAGACUGGGUGGAGUUCAGCCCGUAUGAAAUUGGAAUGGCAAAGUACGGCACCUUCAUGACCCCAGACCUGUUCGGGAGCAAGUUCUUCAUGGGAACAGCUGUGAAGAGAUACGAGGAGAACCCUCUUCAUUUUCUGAUGGGUGUGUGGGGAAGUGCCUUCUCCAUUCUGUUUAACAGAGUGCUGGGAGUCAAGGACACAGUCGGUGGCAGCACCAUGGAGGAGGAGUUAGAGCAGAUCAAACCGCAGCACAUUGUCGGAGAGGACAGCAUGGACAAUGAGGACGAGCCGCGCAAAGGUGGGAGAGAGAACCAGGAGGCAGAGGACGAUUUCAACCGCACCGCUCAGGCCAGCUGGGUCCAGCGAAUGAUCACAUCGCUCUUCAGUGACUCUUCGUUGUUCAACACAAGAGAAGGCCGAGCCGGGAAGGUGCAUAACUUCAUGCUGGGCUUGAACCUGAACACCAGCAUCCCUUUCUCUCCGGCCAACGAGGUCACGUGUCACGCAUCUCCACCUGAGGAGGAGGUUGAUGCCGUCACAGACCCGGAUGAGUUUGAUCGUAUCUACGAGCCCCUGGAUGUGAAGAGUAAGAAGAUCCAUGUGGUGGACAGUGGUCUGACCUACAACCUGCCCUACCCUCUCAUCCUGCGGCCGCAGCGUGGCGUCGACCUCAUCAUCUCCUUCGACUUCUCUGCACGGCCGAGUGACUCCAGCCCCCCGUUCAAGGAGCUGCUGCUUGCAGAAAAGUGGGCUCGAAUGAACAAGCUCCAGUUCCCCAAGAUCGACCCCAAAGUCUUUGACCGCGAGGGCCUGAAGGAAUGCUACGUUUUCAAACCAAAGAAAGGAGAGAAGAACUGCCCGACUAUCAUCCACUUUGUCCUGGUCAACAUCAACUUCAGGCAAUUCAAAGCGCCUGGUGUCCCCAGAGAGACUGAGAAGGAGAAGGACUUUGCAGACUUCGACAUCUUUGACGACCCGGAAUCGCCUUUCUCCACUUUUAAUUUCCAGUACUCCAACGAGGCCUUCACCCGACUCCAUGACCUGAUGGAGUUCAACACUCUAAACAACCUGGAGGUGAUCAAAGACGCCAUCAAGGAGUGCAUCGUCUCCCGUAAGGAGAACCCCUCCAACCCCUCCCGCUCCUUCUCCCUCAGCGAGACCCCGAAGAAGAAGUUCCUCAGAAGAGAUCCCCACCCGAAGCCUUGGCAACACUUGGGAAAUGAAAAACAGUAGCCUCGUUCGCUUGUUUGGCCGUAACCUUGGAGACUGUGGAUCAGUGGACUUUAGGGAUUUUUUCUGUGUAGAUUCUACCAUUUUCUUUUUGGAAAGUGCCAUCAUGUCGAUCUCUCCUCUCUGUGUGCUUUUUUAACCAGGAGGAUUUGUUCAACUCGGAUUUGUGUCGCUAAAGAACCGUAAUGUUUACUGUUAAAACUCCUCACGGCUGCGUUCAUGUACAACACAGUUAGAAUUUUUCAUCUGGUUUUAUUUGCACCGAUGUGACUUAGGCUGCUGUUGGUGUUUACUGACCACAAGCAGCUGAUGGGUGUUGUGCCGGUGGGCCUCUGGGGAAAGACUGGAUGUUGAAAACCUCUGCAGGGUGAGUGGGUUGUUACAGGUCACAUCUGGCUCCAUCACAAACUACACAAGACUGUGAAAUCUGUCUUUCAUUUUUUUUAUAUUUACUGAGUUUCGAGCAGUUCUAUAUAUAUAUAUAUAUAUAUAUAUAUAUAUAAUAAAAGUCUGCUCGUCCACCUCACUUUGGUGAAUCGUGUGAAAUUUCCACGCCUGCUUAAACAUUCCUAAUUUAGGCUUUGGUUCACGCUGCCUAGAGCGCAGCUGCAUUUGCAUCUUCCCGAUGAGUUUGGAAGCCGCCGCGCUGUUUGAGCUGCGUGAAUGCUCCGCAGAAAGCCUCACCUGUACCGGAGCUGAACUCUCGUGUAUUGAUCGUGCGACUACACUAUGCAAAUUCUUUGUUCUCUCUGUAUCUGUUUUUAAACCUUGACGGCUCGUCUAAACAUGUAAUCCUGUUUGAAAACAUGGAAGAGGAGCUUGUAACCAUGGUUUUGUUUUAUGGCAACUCCUAAACACGCCAAGUGCACCCCCUCUGGAUACCUCAAACAUCCCAGUGAUGUUGUUUACCCACCUACCGGGAAGGAGCACUCCCUGCUCCCCCGGAGGGAGUGUCUCACAUUAAAGCCACCAUUUUGGGAAAACAAAACUUGACACCAUA